AUGUCUUUAGGAACUUUAUACUUCAGCGAAAGAACCAGAGCCUGGAUCCCCAAGGCUGUCAUCAAGCACUUCGACUUGGAUGUCAAGAUCGUCGAUGCCUCUGGAAAGGACUUCACCGACAAGUUCCCAUUGGGCAAGGUCCCAGCCUUUGCUGGACCAAAGGGCUUCAAGUUGACCGAAGUCAUGGCCAUCACCAUCUACUUGAUCAACCUCGCCGACCCUAAGUCCAAGUUGUUGGGUAAGAACGCAAAGGAGUACGCCGAAGUGUUGAGAUGGGCCUCCAUCACCAACUCCGAACUUAUCGGUAACCAAAUGAAGGUCAUCAAGCCAUUGCUCGGUGACGUUCCAUACAACAAGAAGAACGUCGAUGAGGCUGCUGAAUACACUGCCAAGAUCAUCGCUGUUUUCGAAGCCAGAUUGGCCAACUACACCUACUUGGUUGGUGAAAGAUUGACCAUCGCCGAUAUCUUCGGUGCUGCCGGUUUCGUCAGAGGUUUCCAACACCUUUACGCCGACGAAUGGCAAAAGAAGCACCCUAACGUCACCAGAUGGUUCAAGACUAUCAUCAACCAAAAGAUCCUCCACGACGUUCUCGGUGACUUCACCUUCGCUGUCAAGCCUCUCGAAUACACUCCUCCAAAGAAGGAAAAGAAGGCCCCAGCUCCAAAGAAGGAAGCUGCUCCAGCCAAGAAGGAAGCUGCUCCAGCCCCAGCUGCUGACGAAGAGCCAGCUCCUGCUCCAAAGCCAAAGCACCCAUUGGAACUUUUGGGUAAGCCAAAGGCUGCUUUGGACCAAUGGAAGAGAGUCUACUCCAACGAAGAAACCAGAGAGACUGCCAUUCCAUGGUUCUGGGAAAACCAGUACGACACCGAAGACUGGUCCUUGUGGAAGGUUGACUUCUUGUACAACGACGAAUUGACCAUGACUUUCAUGUCCAACAACUUGAUUGGUGGUUUCUUCAACAGAUUGUCUGCUUCCACCAAGUACAUGUUCGGUUGUAUGGUUGUCUACGGUGAAAACAACAACAACGGUAUCACCGGUUUCCUCUUGGUCAGAGGCCAAGAAAUCUUGCCAGCUGUUGAUGUUGCUCCAGAUUACGAAUCCUACAAGUACACCAAGUUGGACGGUUCCAAGGAGGAAGACAAGAAGUUCGUCAACAACAUGUUGGCCUGGGAUGAACCUGUUGUCGUCAACGGUGAAUCCAGAGAGAUUGCCGACGGUAAGGUCUUCAAGUAA